CGUCGCGGGAGGAGAGCCCCAGUGGGGUGAAGGGGUCAGAGAACCACCGCCGGUGUGCCCAAAAGCUGCAAGUCGGAGUUGGGUCUGAAAACGGAGAAUAACAAUGAGAAAACUCUGUUACCUGAGCCUCUUUCCGUAUAACCUGGAGCUAGGGCUUCUCUUCUGGCUACUGCUCAAGGGCAGGAUCAAAACGCGCUGGUGUUUACCUUCUUAAAUCUGCUGCUGUUUUGAUAGUGUUUAUGCUUUCAGUAUGUACAUACCUUGUGUCUCUUUGUUUUCCUCGAAGGCGACAACUCGUGAGCCAGCUCGGAUAUGCCGAACUGCUGGAUAAAACAGCCAGCGGCUUGCUUAUUUAGCGGGUGCAGAGCAUGGAGAAUGAUGAACUUCCGCCAGAGGAUGGGCUGGAUUGGUGUGGGGCUGUACUUGUUAGCAAGUGCUGCGGCUUUUUAUUACGUCUUUGAAAUCAAUGAGACUUACAACAAACUAGCACUGGAGCACAUUCAACAACACCCCAAGGAGCCACAGGAAGGAACCACAUGGACACACUCCUUAAAAGUACGACUGCUAUCCUUGCCAUUUUGGCUGUGGACGAUAAUAUUUUUAAUACCAUAUUUACAGAUGUUCUUGUUCCUCUAUUCCUGUACAAGAGCUGACCCCAAAACUGUGGGGUAUUGCAUCAUUCCUAUCUGCUUGGCUGUUAUUUGCAAUCGUCACCAAACAUUUGUGAAGGCCUCUAAUCAGAUCAGUAGAUUACAACUGAUUGACACUUAGCUCAACUUCUAGUUUCUGUUGCUGAUUGGAAGCAAUUGCAUAUGCUUGAUCUAAUCACAAGACCAAGACUGAAGUUCUGAGUGAAGGCCGGAAAGAGCCUUUUCUUUCAAACUGAUAAGCAAUGAAGAAAGUGACUGUUUUCUAUUUAAAACAAGUAACUACAAAGGUUUUUAAUUAUGGAUCUAUGAGGUGGCCAGAGUGGGACACAUGAUGGAAGUAUUCCUCAUUUUGCCUUAAUGAUGCAAAAUAGCAACUCUCCAUCUGAAAUGUCCUGUGGGGAAACAAGUUUCUGGUCCACAACUUUACUCCUCUGUGCAAAAAAGUGAUUUCCUAUGUUUUCCCUUGGAGUGAAAUCAAUGAAAAGAUACUUCUUUUGUGGUAAAUGUAAAAGGAAAAAAGAAAUUAAGAAUGUGAUUAUAAAAGCUGCACUUAACACAAUUCUUUGCUUUUUCUUUUUUUUUUAUUAUCUACAUCUGUGCUGUUUUUAAAGAUUUUUUUAAAAAUAAGCUUAGAUAUGAAAACAGGAAGCAAAGAAUAAAGUUUGUGCAAACUUUUAAAGGGAAAAUUUUUUCCUGUGGUAGCCUACUUGUUUUCGGUCACCCCACCAGUCCCACACUGUAGUAGGCAGGCAGUGAGGAGUGGCAUAGGCCUGGAGCUUGGUGCUUAAAACUGUUCCUAGGACAUCAAAAGCAGCCUAUGCUGGCAUUGGCCUGUAUUCUGCACAAAAAUUCUUCUGUGUUUUUCUCCUAUUGUCUGUCUUGAUAAAAUUACAAGUUACUGAAAUUUAUGACCGCUCUAAUUUCACUCCGGACAUCAUGCAAAACCAUGUUCCAGGAGAACUGAUAUAUUAGGAAAAACUUUGAAUUUGGGAGAGUUAACUGGUUGGGGGAUGCGACAAACUGGCUGUGACUCAGAUAAUCAUGUUUCUUCCAGAAAUUCAAAGAAGUAAGAUACCUUCUUCUCAUUCUUGUAAUGAAUGCAAAUUUCUUCAGUCAUACUGAAAUUCCACUGAGGUUUCUUUGCCAUGUUUCAACCUCUAUUUUUCAGUGCUAUUUUGGAAUAGCAUAUUUUAAAUAAGACUGAAUCUGUUCUUUCUGUCCAAUUUUUGUUUCUUCUGAGAAUAACUAAAUUUUUGUCCUAGCCAUGAUGGAAGUAACAAAUAUGAAAACAGUGCAAAAUACACUUCUCAGAAGCAGUAGACUCAAAAGAAUUAUGAGCUAAACUCCUUGACUAUAACUUAAACUGUAUGAGAUUGUCCAUACCUAAUCAACACAAAUGCUAAUCCAUUUCUGACUGCUUUAAGGGAAUCCUGGAGAGUGUUGUUUUUCUCUUGCUUUGGAAAGAGAACCCUAUUUUCAGUGUUGCUGUGUUUAAGCACGGCAGUUCCAACAUAUUGAAUUUUCUGUUUGCACUUGGAGACACUGGUUUCAUUUGUCAGCGUUGGUGCUAGGACCUGAAAACAAUGUAGCCUUUGCAAGAAGGUUUUGAGUUCUAAGUGCAAUAUGCAAAGGAGGAAGCUGCCAUCUUAGUGUGCUGGAGUAAGAGUAAAUUAUAAACUCUGACGAGUAGUUAGUAUCUUGGGGAGUCAGAGCUUUUAAGUUGUGUUGUUUCUCAACUUUUAAAAUCACCAUGCUAUUUAUCUAUAAAAUAAAAACUUUUCAAUGUUUAUAAACACAAGUCUGUUAAUGCAGAUAUUUAUCAAUAGCUUUUCAUUUUUCUUUUUUGUUUUUUGUUUAGUGGGUUUUUUUGCAUGUUUGGUGCCACACAGUGGUGCUGGUGGUCAGCUGCUGGAGCCUGUGCUCAUGUCCUUCCUUCAGUAUGUGUGUUCAGUUCAUCUUUUGUAGUCCUCUUAUGCUCUGUGCCCUAAUUACUCAUUUGCAGUCUGAAAUUUCAGGGCUUGCUGGAUGAAGCUGAAUCCCCUUGUUUUUUUUAAUUUUGUGUGAGAGAGAUACCUCUGGCUGGACUGUUUUUAACUUGAUGCUGUAGUUUUAAACUGAACAGUUACAUUGAGUGCAGAUGGAAUAUUUAAAGAGCCAAGAGCAUAAGAGGAAGCAUCAAAAAUAGAAAAUGAUAGGAAGAACUGCCUAAUUUCCUGUCAUGCAAGCAUGUGACCCUUAGCAAAUUCACUAGCAGGCCAGGUGGGAUGACCCAAGCUGUCUGGAUGUGGAGCACAUGCUGGGCAUGGUGGGGACCUGCAAAGCGGAGGCUGUGUUUGUAGAAUUUUCCAUCAGACGCCAAGUUUUGGAUUACAGCUGUUGACAGGCAUGUGCUUUGCAACUAACUACAGAAAAACACAGUCUAAUUCAAGCAAAUGCUGGAAGUGGAAAGCAGCAGUGGAGAACUAUUAGCAUAGUGUAUAGGAACCCUAGACAAUGGGAGUAGAAGAGCUAAGUUAGCUCUGCUGGUGCUUCCAGCAUUUUUGGCACCAGGGGAACCAUCAGCAGGUGAAAUCUUACAGGGUAAAUAAAGACUGUAAAAAUUAAUGAUAAAUUGGUUUUUUACUGUAGGAUUAAAAAAAAAAAAAGUAGUGAAAUAACUUUCAGCUUGAUUAUUCUGAAAAUGUAUAGGUAUUGUCAAGGCCGAUUAUAUGAGUCACAAAGAUUGGCCUGUAACAGAAAAUGACAUCAUCUACGAACUUUUGGGAUAAUCAGGCUUGAAGUUGUGCAACGUUCUGAGCUUUAAUGUUCUGCCAACAAAGUGAGUAGCUGUAACACAAGGGUGAUUAAUGAUCAUCUGUAUGCCAUUUACCCUGAAUUUCUUUUUAUUCGUGUCACAAGAUAAAGCAUUGUCAGAGUGCUUGAACAUCA